CGGUCACCUCGGAGAAAUAUCUUGUUUUCGUUUGAAGUCUUUGCCCACUCGCCCCACGCAAGCAUGGCGGACAUGUCGGAUCUGCCAUUGCUGCCACGGGCAAUCACGCAAGAAGAAGUUGAUACAUGCCAAUUGGCUGAUAUGGUUCCCGAUGAUCAGGUCAAGAGAAUCCUUCUCAGUACCGCGGCCGAUCUUCUUGACAUCUUGUCCCAACCCGGCAUCUUUGGAACCCUCGACAAAGACCCGUACAUGCCUUCGCUCGAGACUCUGUUCACACGUCUGCGGGACGGUUAUCUUGCACCAUCGCCACUGAAAUCCGUUCGAAUCAACAAAAAGAAAGUCGCCACGCGUAUGGGCCCGCAAGCUCCUACACCACCCAUACUGCGACCACUUGCAGACUACGAGCACCUAUACUACGCGCUUCUCCACAAGAUUCAAGACGCCCACGGAUUGCUUAGAGUACGUCUUCAAAACUCCUUCAACAGUCCAAGGUCACCCAUCAUUGCGUCUGCCCGUUACAGCAAGGGCUUCUUCUACGAUUGGCUGCUACAACAAUAUGAUGCGCUGAAUAACGCUUCUCUGGUCGCUCCGCUCGAUCAAUCCAUCAAGCUGGGUCGGAAAAAAGCAAUGCAGAAGGAGAUCAUAGCCCGAUUGGCAAAGGGCCCACUCACUGCGGUGGACUACGAUACCUUCGUCAAAGACUUGUAUGUGACUUCUCCGUACAAAGGCAUCAAAGGAUUGAGGUGGGAUAUCAUCGGGGCUAGUCCAGCCAUGAUAAGUGGUCUACUAGCAGAGAUCUACCUCACCACAUUCGAAGUGGAGAAGGUUAUGAAAGGAAGAGACUCGGAGGUCACGAAGGGCCAAGAGAUCAAACCACCCGCUCAGCAGGGCCAAGAGAGCAAAACACCCACUCAACAGGGUCAAGAGCUUAAGGUUAGCAAAAAGCGAGCCGCCGAUGAUACAUUCGCGACCAAUUCUGGCCGUCGCCAAAGGCGCAAGAGCGAAGAGAUCAGGGCAGCGAAGACAAAUGCAGAGCGCUGGGUGGAAGAGCAACAACAGUAUUACAUCGAAGAGCAACGACAGUAUUACAUCGAAGAGCAACGACAGUAUUACAUCGAAGAGCAACGACAGUAUUACAUCAAAGAGCAGGAGCAAAUGCUUCUCGAAGCGGAACGUCAAGAAGAACUCAAAACGGAGCGACUCCAGCAGCAGUAUGCACAGGAGCAAGAGCGCCUGAUCUUUGAAGCCCAACGCAAGAACGCCAUCGAAGAAUACGCUCGCGAUCAACAACUCCUAUUCCUCGAGAUGCAGCACCAGAAGGAAAUCGAAUUGCACCGUCAACUCAACGGUGUCGCCGGUGCUGAGGCCCAAGAUAUCGUCAACCUCAACACCACAACAACGACGGCCAGCGCCGAUGCUUCAUCGAUGCCGCCCGCCGAGUCCCCCAUGCCGGCGUCUGCAGCGGAGAUGUUUUCUACCCAUCUUCACGAGAGCAACAACAACGAUCUCUCGAGUAUGGAUUGGAGAGCUCGACUCAGAGCGCUUGGUAUUCCUAUCUCAAGGCACUCGUACGCCGAAUAUAAGGAUAACGUGUCGGCAAAUCCAAAAUUGCAAAAGUUGCGCGAAGCCUAUGAACGCCGCCCACGACGCUCAAAGCACAAAGAAGAGCGCGAGCCCGAGUCUAAGCCCAGCCACAAUCAAUCAACGGACCCAUCCCAAGCGCAGUCCGAGACGGUUCGUCAAGCCCCGCAGCUUGAAUCAAAGCCUCGUACUCCAGGCAAGGACACUCAAUUGAUAUACCCGACCCUGUCUCAGUCCGUUUACAACCCGGCCUCUUCGAAACCAGCUGGACACCCCGAGAAAGACGACCAGGUCAAGCCGCAUGUUCAGCGUGCAGAGAGGGUAGUUCCGGUCUUUCAAAACUACACAUACAAUAUGCCAACGAUGGAGGAUAACAAGUACACUUCGUCCGGUGAUGAGGAUCUUUUCCAUGGAGGUCCAGUCAAUGGUCAAUCCCGUGUCCCGGAGUCGCGUGGAACAAAGCAACGACGCUAA